AUGGGCGCGUUCGUGAAGGUCGUGGAUUUCCUGCUGUUAUUGGUCUUCCUCGUGGUCGCGGUGGCGGUGCCGCUGCUCGGCGCGCAGACGUGUCUCCCUGCCUCCUAUUUCCCGGAGGCGUUGAUCAAUUUUAAGGAGUGGUACCGCCACGAGUACGGCGACUACCUCUUCUCCGAGAAGCCCAAUUUCUUCGUUGGCACGGUCUGGCUCGAGCUCUUCUUCCAGUGGCCGCUCGCCCUCCUCAACAUCUACGCCAUUCUGCGCGGGAAGCCCUGGUUCAACACCUCUUGCUUGAUCUAUGGCGUCUCCAUCACUUCCUCCAUGGUGCCUGUUUUAUCAGAAUUGAUCCUGUCUGGGAAAGCAUCCGAUGAGCUGCUGAUGCUGUACGCUCCUUUCCUGGGCGUCGGUGUAGUAGCCAUGCUUCGAGGCUUUGUGCCACACUCUGCGAAGAGUGGUUCUGGAGUCGGGAAGAGAACUGCCUUCGGUAGGAAAAAGAGGGUUUGA